AUGGUUGUGGGUAUCACUGAGGAUACCCACAGUGAUACCACUGAUGGUCAUGACCAUCCGGUGGAAUCAGCUCAAAUCGCACGGUUGGAAUCUUCUGAACAACUGAUUGAACAACCGAAAACCAAAACCCCUCAUCCACAAUCUUCCGGUGUUCAAGAAAACCAAAGUGAUCCUGAAGCCCUCAACGCACACUACCGUAGAUUUUUAAACGAUGAUUUUAGUUCACCACCUCCAACGCCCAAAGAGACUAACGUCUCCGAGACAUUUGCUAAUCGACAAGAAUCUGUCCCCGCGGAAGCAGAGGCCAACCUGUUGAAAGGGAACCGAGUUAGACCACCGAUUCGACCCCAAACCGAUCUAGAUGCCAGUUCCGGAGAUGACCACGAAACAGUUACGACGGCGAAAGCCCCUCUCACGCAAGCUCGCUCGAAGGUUGCCAAACGAAAACCAGUUCAGAGACGUUCAGCGAGAGAGGAUGCACUGACUGCUGAGGAACUCGCCUUAGACGCCAGUUCCGGAGAUGAACUCAUGACAAUCGAUGCGCCAGUGACCCAGGGGCUUGAGGCCGAUGCUCGCAUGUCGGCUUUGUCAUGGGAUAAGGAGCGGUAUUUUUUGGACCGUCAAGAAUUACGAGACGCCGCGACUCGCCAAAUGGCACAAGAGUUACAAAGGGAGCGCAAGCAAUUCUGUGAAAAGUUGGUGUUGGAGGGCAAGACCCCUGAGGAGCUAGAGGCGUUCCUCCGCCUGGUUUAUCCCGCUGAACAGGCUUAG